AGAGUCCCAGUCUAGAGGUACUCUAUUACAUGAGAAUAUAGAUUAGUGCCGACGAGCAAUUCGAAAAACAAGGUUAUUAUAUAUUAUACAGGACCGUUCUAUGUGAGAAUAAUGUCAUUAUUUAUUAGAUUAUGUGAGAAAAACACUCGAAUUAUUCUUACAAAGAUUCCAAAUGUAACUGCAUCAUUUGCGACGACAGCGAAACCAGUAGAUAUUGAAUCCACUGAAUUUCGUGUGUUAAAUUUGAAGUCGAAGAAAGUAGAAAAUACGCGUAAGAAAACAAGAAGGGUUGAGGUACCACCUCCCAGAGCAAACCAAAUGGCCGUUGAUCAGGAUUGGCCAUCGGUUUGGCCUGGUCCUAAAACUUUUCAUCCAGCUGUUGUUCCAAUUCCUAUACGUCAAGGAUAUAGUCUGAGAGAUCAACCGCCUCCAGAUAAAUAUGGCAACACAGAAUUAAUGAAAAUUCCAAAUUUUCUGCAUCUAUCGCCUCCUGCUGUCCAAAGGCAUUGCGAAGCACUUAAAAAAUUUUGUACCGAAUGGCCUGUAGGGCUAGAGACUGAAGAUAAGUGUAGGAAACAUUUUCCACUUGAAGUUAUUACAUCGGAUUAUUGUUAUUCUUCUCCUACAAUAAGAGAGCCACUGUCACGUAUUGUUACUUUGAGAGUAAAAUUAUCCUCCUUGUCAUUGAAUGCUCAUGCAAAGGAUAAAAUUCUAAGAUUGGUGAAAGAUAAAUACAGUCCUGAGACAGAUUUCAUAACUAUCACAGCAGACAGAUGUCCGACAAAGAAACAAAAUUUGGAAUAUGCUGAAUAUCUCCUCACUGCAUUAUUCCAUGAAUCAUGGCGAGUGGAAGACUGGGAAUCUGAAAAGGCAGAAGCUGACAUGGAAUAUUAUGACUGGGACAAGAAUAAAAGUCGAACGAAUUUAUUAACUCUUCACGCUUGGCCAAAUUCUCCAACUGACACAGACUGGGAAUGCAUCCCACAUGUUGAAGAAUAUAAAAUCGCUGUUUCAGACUUGUUUAAUACCGGCGAAGAUCUGCACACAGUGAAUAAAUAUAAGGAAGCUGUGAAAAAUGUGCUGAACUUAAAAUGCGAGGCAUAACAGUGAUAAUAAAACAAUAGUAAUAUUCACGCACUAGAUGAAAAUACAAGAAAUUCAUUUCUUUGCCAAAUA